AUGUUUAUCUCGAUUUUUCCGAUAUUCGUUGCCGUUUUGUUAUGUUCACCUGCUUUGGGUCUUCGAUUUAACCUUAUGGCAGGUGAAAAGAAAUGUUUGAAGGAAGACUCAACUGGUGGCAUAAUAACAAAGGGCCAAUUCUCCGCCACAAAACACGAUAUCCUUAGUGUUUCCAUUGCUAUUCAUGACUCGAAGUCGCAUCUUCUGUAUCAACGUGCAGAUUUCCAAAACGGAUCUUUCUCGUUCUCUACAGAGGAUUUUGAUUUGGUUGAUAUCUGUUUCGAGGUGCACAAGGAGCUGAGGCCAAACGUUUUGAUUUGGUUUGUUCCGUUUUUUUUGGCAAAUGCAGAAAAUCUGAAACCGGUCGAGGCCGAACUGAGACGAUUAGAGGCGAUUACAGAAGAAAUCGUUAGUUCUUUCGUACAUAUGCAUAACAAGAGCAGUCAUAUGAGAGUUACAAAUGGUGAGUACUUAGUGUCGAAAUUCUGCCGUAUACUUUUCACCGUUUUCCCAGUAUCCUUGUUAGUCUAA